CGGGAAAAGCUAUCAUAUCCAUUGUAAUAAUGGGAUUAUGAUUUCCUUCAAAAAGUUUUAUUAUUAUAUACCAGUAUAUAAAAAUUUAGGUUUAAUCCAGUAAUCUCUCAAGUCUCAGCUCAGCCUUUGAAAAUAAUAAACUUAUGAAGAAGAACAACUUAAAGUUAUGUUCUGGACACAUAGACGUAUACGUUUAGUCACUUUGAUACAGCGUCGCACUAAUUUACAACCUGAAAUGUAUAACGUAAUUAAUGAAGUUAGUCUCAUAUGCAUGGGCCAUCAAUAAUCAUAUAAACAAAAGCUUACACAUAGUCUCACACGUGCCUUAUCUCUCUCUCCAUGUGUUAGAUUCCUCGCCACCAUCUUCAUCUACGUUUCUACGACAAGUUCCAUUCUUCGUUUGCUUUUAAAUACACAACAACAACAAUAAUCAUUUACUUAAAACGCAUUUCAAGAAAAUUACUAAAACACUACAACAAUCUUAUAAUAACAUCUACUAAAAAUGUACACGUUUGUAAAAGUAACCGACUUAAUCACCAUCAUGUUCUUGCUAGCCAUUGCAGCCGUCGUAACCGCCUCAAACACAGCCGAAUUGGAUGUACUUGAGAUGGCUCGAACAGCUGUGGUUGAAGCCCGGGCUAGUUUUGGGUCAGUGGCUGUGGUUGAGGCAACGAGUGAAGUUGCUACUAGUAGUUAUUAUAAUUUGGGGUUAAGUGAAUGUGAGAAGCUCUACGAUGUGAGUGAAGCUAGGCUAUCGAAACUUGUCGUGGCUCAUGAGAAUUUUACCGUUGAAGAUGUUAGAACGUGGCUAAGUGGCGUGCUUGCGAACCAUCACACUUGUUUAGACGGUUUGGUUCAGCAACGUCAAGGUCAUAAGCCUUUGGUCCAUAGCAACGUCACGUUCGUGCUCCAUGAAGCUUUGGCUUUCUAUAAAAAGUCUAGAGGUCAUAUGAAAAAGAUGAGACAGAGCCAUGGAUCAACGAGACAGAGCCAUGGACCAGCUAGAGAGAACCAUGGACCUGAAAGACCAAAACAUGGACCAACGAGAUCAAAUCAUGGACCAGGACGACCAAACCAUGAACCAUCGAGACCAAACCAAAGCGGUGGAAUGUUAGUGUCAUGGAAUCCAACAAGUUCAAGGGCAGAUUUCGUGGUGGCUCAGGACGGUUCGGGGACUCAUCGGACGAUAAACCAAGCGUUAGCCGCCGUUUCAAGAAUGGGUAAAAGUCGGUUGAAUAGAGUGAUAAUCUACAUAAAAGCUGGUGUUUAUAACGAAAAAGUCGAUAUAGAUAGACACAUGAAAAACAUCAUGCUAGUUGGUGAUGGUAUGGACCGUACAAUCGUCACCAAUAACCGAAACGUCCCGGAUGGUUCCACGACUUAUGGAUCAGCGACAUUUGGAGUGUCCGGGGAUGGAUUUUGGGCGCGGGACAUGACAUUCGAGAACACUGCAGGACCACAUAAACACCAAGCUGUGGCGUUGAGAGUGAGCUCGGACUUGUCUUUAUUCUAUCGUUGUAGUUUCAAAGGAUAUCAAGAUACUCUUUUCACCCACUCACUUCGUCAAUUCUACCGAGAUUGUCAUAUUUAUGGUACGAUUGAUUUCAUAUUUGGAGAUGCGACAGCUGUUUUUCAGAACUGUGAUAUAUUUGUGAGACGGCCUAUGGAUCAUCAAGGCAAUAUGAUCACAGCUCAAGGGAGAGACGACCCACAUUCAAAUUCAGGCAUUUCGAUCCAACAUUCACGGAUCAGGGCCGCACCAGAAUUCGAGGCGGUUAAAGGCCGGUUUAAGAGCUACUUGGGCCGGCCAUGGAAGAAGUACUCACGGACAGUGCUUCUCAAAACGGAUAUCGACGAGUUGAUUGACCCGAGAGGGUGGAGAGAAUGGAGUGGCAGUUAUGCUCUGUCAACGUUGUAUUACGGCGAGUUUAUGAACACCGGAGCUGGAGCAGGGACAAGCCGAAGGGUGAACUGGCCGGGAUUUCACGUCCUUCGCGGCCAGGAGGAGGCUUCUCCGUUCACGGUCAGCCGAUUCAUUCAAGGAGAUUCUUGGAUCCCUAUCACCGGUGUGCCGUUUUCAGCCGGGGUUUGAGUCACUUUUGACUCUUGAAUGAAUCAUCAACAUUAUAUCAAUGCCAACAUAUAUAUAUUUAAGAUGUUUUCAAAA